AUGGCAGGUCACGGAUCAUCUUGUGGAGCAUGCAAGUUCCUAAGGAGAAAAUGCAAUAGCGACUGCGUCUUCUCGCCUUACUUUAGCUACGAGCAAGCCUCUUCCCAUUUUGCAGCGGUCCACAAAAUCUUCGGUGCAAGCAAUGUCUCGAAGCAUUUGCUUCAUUUGCCUUUACAUCAAAGAAGCGCGGCUGCAAUCACCAUCUCCUAUGAGGCUCUCUCUCGCAUGUGUGAUCCUGUUUAUGGCUGCGUCGCUCAUGUCUUUGCUCUUCAGCAACAGGUCGUGACUUUGCAAGAGGAGAUCGAGUUUCUGGGGACGCAAAUGGCGAAUUUCUCCUACUCUAGCCAAAGCAUAUCACAAUCUACCAACAUGCCGGAGCCUCUGAAUCAGAUGAGAAUGGACACGACCGGUUUUGUCGACGAGAGUCUUUUGAACAACGACGACGGAAGAAACUGCCUUGAAGGGUUCUUCACGAACCCGGAGGAAGUGCUCGUGAAUCAUCCAUGGUUUCAGAACAUGGAUUACUAUCACUAUGCACCACAACAUUAUUAG